UUACACACUCCUGGGGAGGAGUUUCGAGGAGGAAAGAGCUGUGCAGUUCAUAAGUAUCUCGGUCUGGGAUUGCUGCAGUCUCCUCUGCCUGUGAACGUGCUGGUGAAGGGCAGCAUUCCUGCUCGUCUUGAAGCAGCAGCAUGGCUGAUAAGCUUGUGGAGAGCAAGAUCAGGUGUGACAAAGUAACCCUCUUUACAGAGAGAGGCUGCCGUUACUGCAGGAAUGCCGAGGAGAUGCUCAAGCAGUACAACUUUGUGCCUGGAGCCCUGGAAGUUGUUGAUACCACCCAGCGCAAGGAUGUCCAGGAUUACCUGCAGCAAAGAACAGGGCAUAGAACCCAACCAGCUCUUCUGAUUAACCUGUGGCAUUGCUUUGUGCUCAGCUGCCUGUUGUCUUCAUUGGGAGAUGCUGCAUCGGAGGAUUAUCCGACCUGCAGAACAUGGACUGCAAGCUCCCCAGAAUACUGCAGCAGAUCGGUGCCCUGCAGUAGUGUAAGGGAGAGAGAUGACCAGGAGCUGCAUCUGCCUCAUUCUGACAUUCAGCAGCUUCCUGAAGGAAAUUCCUGGAAACUUCCUUCUGCGGGAUCAGGUGCAUCCUCCCGGCCAAUGCAGCUUCUUUCCCUGUCAGUGAUCUGUGGUUUGAGAUGAGAACGUAUCUCCAUUCUUUCUGCAGCUCCACAACAUGAUCUGCUUCAGUCCAAUAAAAUACACUUGCUCUAA